CUAGCAACUCAGUGUUAGGUAAACAACAACAAAAGUAUAGCAAUACAAACAAAUUGAGACAUUGAAUGAAAUGCAUUCAAAUGUAUACUCUGAAAGUGUUGUAGAAAUUCAAUUUCUAAAUGACUUUGAUGAAAAGUUUCCAAACUUUCAAGAAGCGGUCAGUGAAGAAAGAAAGCCAAAAGAGAAGGUGUGACAGAGGUUAUGCACAUUAAUGCUGUCUGUUAUACGGUAGCAUGUAUACCAUUUCUACUGGCCGGCUGUACCCUCGGCUUCCCAUCUGGUGCUCUAUUGGAUCUCACUGAUCUAGAGGAGAGGACGGAUUUUAAGUUAACCAGGCAGCAAGCUGAUUUGUUUGGGGCACUGGGUUCCAUUGGUGCCAUGAUUGGAGGACCCAUAGCUGAAUGGAUAUCGGACAGAAUGGGACGAAAGCCAGCCUUGAUGUUGGUCGGUAUUCCCUACCUUAUUGGCUACUUGAUGAUCACCUAUGCUCGAUUUGUCAGUAAUUCAGUGCAGUUCAAAGUAGUUCUCCUUAUAGGACGGUUUCUUAGUGGAGUGGGGAUUGAAUGGGCCUCACUAGCAGCUAUAGUGAGUGUAUGUUCUCAAGAUAUCGCCAACCAAACUGAGAGGAAGGAUGAGGUCAGCAGUGUCAUUGUGUACGGUCUUAGUGCAAUCGAUAACUUUGCUUACUACGACUCAUCGCUAGUACUGAUUGGAUUCGUGACACUCUUCACAAUAUCUAUGCCGUUUGUCACUGAAACACCAAGAUGGCUAAUCGCCCAUGGGCAAAAGAAACAAGCCAUUGCUGCUCUCAAAUUCUUACGUGGACCAAAAUAUGAGUUUGUUAGUGAGCUUGACACAAUAACAGUGAAUAUUAAGUCAACUCCACGUUUGAAACCUAAGCAGUUACUUAAUUCCAUCACAACAUAUUCAGCAUUGAUUUUCAAGAAUACUGGUGUUCCGUUGUUCAGACAAGCAGCACUGUACGGAACUGGAUGUACACGACUACUAUUGAAUAUCAUUGCUUUAUUCCUCACGGAUCUUAAGUUUGGUAGGAAGAUUCUAUUGAUGGUUGUUUUCUCGUAAGUCUGCGAGUCUAUAUUACAUUUUGAUGCAAGUUUCGCCCAAUUUUAUAAAAGAGAACCCAAACUCCAAGACUCUCAAGGUUUUUUUUACACACCUCUAAGUGCACAAGAACAGCACAAGAACACAAGAACUCAAGAUCAUUACCGCUCGUCUAAACCCGUCAGCUCAACAAAUCUAACAGCUGUCUACACCCAAAUUGAAAAAACUGUCAACAUCAUGAAACUCACACUCUUCUAUCUCUCCAUCCUAGUGUCGCUAUUGUCUCGUCUCAGCCCCUCCCCCCUUGAAGACCCAUCUCAAGCAUCAGUCACAGGGGAGGCCCCCCACUCAAUUAGAUUCGCUCCACCAAGGAUACAUCUCAAUGCUGGUGAACUCCUCCAUCCAUCGAUUGUGUCUAUCACACUCCUACUCAAUUCUGUCACCCCUCUCCUCAUCUGACCGCUCAUGCAUCCUGCUAACUCUCACUAAUGUAGUCCCCCCCCCCCUCUACUAAAACCCCUAAAAGAAAAAUGUGGCUUUACCAAAGAGCUGACUUCAAAUCAGUGAAUGACAGUCUAACCAACUUUUCUCUAGAUGAAUCUUCACCAAUCGACUCGGCCUAGAAUGACUGGCAUACACAUUUUAUGUCUGUUAUGUCUGACUCCAUCACCUCAAGACUUGUAAAGCGUACAAACAACCUCCCCUAUACCUCACAUCUGAAGUGCUAAAGCUCAUUCGUAAGAAACACCAAACCUUCAAGAAAGCCAGUCACCUUGCAACCGACAAAGCUUGAUCCAAGUACAAAAUUAUCCGAAACCACACCACUGCAGCACUCAAAGCUGCUCGCUCCUGCUUCCUAUAUAGACUCUCUCACAUCCAAACUAAAAUCCCCCAGGACUUCUGGAAGUCGUUUCACAAACUCUCUCCAAAAAGAAGUCGAAUCCCAGUUGAUCUCACUUUUGGCACAGAUUCCGAAUCCACCUCUCUAGGCAAAGCAAAUCUUCUAAACCGCAUUUAGUUGUCCAUUACUAAGUCUAUCUUCAUGCAUGGAUGCCUGACUAUAUAAUAUUCUGUGUGCAUACAUGCUGUGCUACAUACAAUGUCAUCACAAAAUUAAUCCAGCAGUGUACAUGUAUAGCUAGAUCUAGAUUUGUCAGGUUUCAAUAUGAUUUCUGCAUCUCCACUUUCAUUCAUGAACGUCUCUCUUGGCUCUUGGCUCUCCCUGCGCAGAGAAUCAGUCAGCAGUGGAAAAACUUAGGACUGGGAGCUUCAGUUAUCCGAUCACUCACGUAGUUACUGUUAUUAUUGUGUAUCCAUGCAGUAGAUUCCGUAUACUAUAGGGAAUUCCGGAUACUCUGUCCGUAUCAUCCGUUGCAAUGAGUUUCAGGACUUUUGGUAGUGGGCGGAAGUGUUUCACAUCCACAGAGUGUACAGUAUGUUAUAGUUAUAACACUUAUGA